AACACGUAUAAGAUAUAAGAGGAACAGGGAACGGCAGUCAGUGUUGUGCUGAAUCUAGUUCUCGAGCGUACAUUUACUGGACAGAGAUAUUCAAGGAACAAGACGAAAUGCGUAUCUGGCUGAUUUUUACUAUUCUUCUGCUCGUCACGGUGCUAGCAUCCGAGACGUUCGCGAAGAAACCUGGCAAGGAUGUGCAAUCGAAGGGUAACUACCAGAAGAAGAAGAGAGACGUAGCAUACUCCAAAGAAGAAAAAUCGAAGGACAAUGAAAACAGGAAAUUGCAAUCGAGGAAGAGGAAGAACAGUUCUGCCGAAGAGAAGAACGUCGAGGUUCAAUCCGAGAACGUUAAGACCGAGGAAUCAGGAAAAGCGUACAAAUCGAAGAACAAGAAAUUAAAAGAAAAGGAAAACGUCGAGCCGAAGAGCAACUCGAAGCACGAAGUGAAAGAGAAAUCGAAGAAGAAACAAUCCAGCAAGUACUCCAUGGAAUCGCAGGAUGUUCACCAGAAGAAUUCGAAGAAAUCGCAGAAGAACAAAUCGAAACUUGAAGAGAGAAACUUGGAAGAAGACAAGAAAUCGAAUCAUAAAUUAGAGGGUAAAACUGCUGAGAAAGUUGGAAAGAUUAAGGAAGACAAAAAGAAGAUGCUUCAAGAGAAGAAGAAGAAGAAGACAACAACAGUGGAGGAAGUACCCGUUGAAGUAGAACUUGAAGAACCCAAAAUGAAAUUAUCGAACAAGGAUAAGAAGAAGGUUGAGAAGAAUAGAAAGAAGCGUGAAGUAAAACCAGAAAAAGAAGACAAAGUGGAUGUUCAACCAAUCGAGGAAGAACCAGCGGAAAAGGAACAGGAAGUUGAAGGUUCGAAAACCAAAAGCUGUUCGCCAGUUGGUGAAGCUGAAGAAGAAUUGAACCAAGAAGACCCAGAAGAGUGCAACGAGGCAUAGAUACCUUGAAACUUCAAAUUUUUUCAUUCAUGCUUCAAUCAUUUCAAUCAUUCAAAUUAGACGAACACGAACGAAUGACGUUUAUUAUAAUUAAUUAAGAUUGAUAAGAAUUCGUUAUCUUAUCAGAGAUCGAUGAUCGACCAAUCAAAAUAUCACACGUUAUUAUUAAAUCGCAUUUAUUUAAUCUCUAUCUACGUUGAAUCGCGAACGUUACGUGGCUUAUUUACAAAUAACACCUCUUCAAGGUGUACUGAUGAUAACAGAUAGACGACAUACAAAUACCACUAUGAUAACCUACGAAAUGUACAUACAAGUUGAAGAAUAAAUAUGUUUUUUUUUAUUA